AUGGCCUCCAAUUCGACACCUCAGCGGACUCCUGGGACUGGUCGGCCUAGAGGUAGACCACGAGGCAGUAGAACCCGGCACUCGUUCGCUACUCCGGCCACUGUUCAAAGAGUCCGAUCGACUGCUACUACCCAGAGAACGAAUCGUUCCGGUCGUUCGCAUCAAGCUGCAGUCGCUGAUCAAGGAGCUUAUAAGCCUCGUGAAGAAAGAAGCUAUCUUGAGUUCCAUCCGGAUUUCGAUAUCAAUGCCGAUAUUCAAGCAUACGAUAGCAGGGACAUCGAUGCAGCCCCAAAUGGCCAGUUCCCGUUCGGCCAACCAGCUGCCACCCCCGGGAGGUCUAAUGGCGUUCGGAUGGCGGUACAGGAGGUACAGGAGAAGAUGUCGGAAGAUUCUAUACUGGUGAUUCCGACAAACGGGCCAUCUGAAGCCGGACCUGCAGCUGAAACAAGCGGAUCUAUCCCUCUAGAGACGACCGGGCAGAAGAACACCAAGGAAGACGAUGAAUCUCAAGCAUCCUCAUGUCAUAUUUCCCAGGAACACCUCGCAAAUCCAAUCAUGAAUACGCCUACUAGAAGAUCUUCCCGUCAGAAGGAUAAUAAGGAGAAGGAGAAGGAGAAAGCCAAUUUUACACCCAAGCCUUCUCAAAGGCCCAUCCUCCCGAUGAGCAACAUCCACCAUAAUGAGCGACUCUCCCUUCCCGUCCCCUCUUAUAAAAUCAUAACACCUUUCCAGCUUGCCGAAACUUAUGUAGAUCGAGCCAUGGCAGGGGUUGGGUUCCAGGAGUCUGACUACUGGCAGAGGCCCCAUACCAUGGUAAGAAACAUUGGUAUCCAGGAUAGCAUUAACGAGGGAGAGGCAAGGAUAGUAAGUGCUAUUGACGAAAAAGAAGAGAACAAUGCCGCUCCCCAUACAGUAACGCCUGGAAUGGUAGAAUAUGACAUGGACGAACAAGAUGAUAAAUGGCUGGCUCAAUUCAACAAUCUACGAAGGUCACAGGAUGUCCCAACAAUCACGCGCGAGAUUUUUGAGAUCACGAUCACCAAGAUAGAACGAGAAUGGUAUGCUUUGGAAAAAAUGAUUCCAAAGCAGUCGGCCCAUGCGGCACAUGUGAAACGAGGGAACGACGACGAUGACGAAGAUACUUCAGAAGACUCAAGGUGUCAGAUUUGCGAUGAUGGAGAAUGCGAGAAUAGCAAUGCGAUAGUUUUCUGUGAUGGCUGUAACAUUGCUGUCCACCAAGAUUGUUACGGUGUGCCUUUUAUUCCGGAAGGUCAAUGGCUGUGUCGACGGUGCUCUCUGCUUGCGCCCCGUCGCGAAGUGAGUUGUAUAUUCUGCCCGAAUACAGAUGGGGCUUUUAAAAUGACGGAUUCCUCACUUUGGUCGCAUCUCCUGUGCGCGAUCUGGAUACCUGAGGUCACAAUUAGCAAUAUGGUUUACAUGGAACCAGUCGAGGGAGUCGAGCUAGUACCCAAAUCAAGGUGGAAAUUGCAUUGCUAUAUUUGCAAACAAAGGAUGGGAGCCUGCAUUCAGUGUAGCAAUAAAAAUUGCUACUUAGCUUUCCAUGUGACGUGCGCGCGCAAAGCCAAGCUAUUCCUCUCGAUGCGGCAACAAGUUCCAACAGAUCCGUCCGGGGGCACCGCUGUUGGAGCAGAGCGGAGUCUCAUAUUUGACGGAAGUCAACUGAAGGCAUUUUGCGAUAAGCAUGUACCGAGCGAGUGGCGUAAAGAGUUUCGAACGGACAUUGCUAUCCGAAAUGUUCAGCAUUAUUACGAAGACCUCUUCUACGAGAAAGAGUGGGGCGAUUCGCAAAUAAAGGCUCUUACACCUGGCUACGAGAGUCAUGGAACGAUUCCGAAGUUGACACUCACUGUCGGUGGCAAGCGAAAACGACCCUCCGCGGGUACGGGCGGGGCAAAAACUGUUUGGAGACUACCCUCGGGAGCACCUAUUGUUCCCCAGGUUUUAUAUAACACAAUAAUUGAGGCUAUAUCUCGUUUUGCUAUCCGAAAGCCGAAGGAAUAUGUUGCUGAGAUUUGCAAGUACUGGACGCUGAAACGGGAGGCCCGUCGCGAUGCAUCCCUCCUCAAACGGCUGCAAGUCUCUGUGUCCUCGAAUUUUACUAGCGACGAGGUCACAAAGAAAGACUAUUCGGCUUAUCAUGAUGGAGAAGAGAAGCUCAAAAGAAGACUUGAUUUCGCUAUUAAACUACGGCAUGACUUGGAAAGAAUCAGGCUGCUGGCGGAUGACAUCAAGAAACGCGAAAAAGAAAAGCUGCGACAGGCAGAGUGCCUUAAAGAGAUGAUUGAUGCUGUAUACUUCCCGGUCAUUCCAAUACUGACGCCAAUAUUGGAUAGAGCCCAACAGCUUGAUAGCAAAGAUUUCUUUAAGACAGAAUUUGGACACAUCAAGUUAAAGCUCGUUGACCGUGAAUACAACACUGUAAAUCAGUUCUCAAGGGACAUUCUAUCUCUCCUGACAUCAUCCGUUACUAGUCGGUCGAAGUUCGCGGUUAUGCCUAUUCCAGAGGUAAACGAACAUUUUUUAGCCGAAUUCGCUCCGGGGACAUCCACGGCGGCAGCUACUCCUGCUGCCGUGAAUGUCGCGAACCCUUUGGAAAACCUGGCCUCUACACCGGCUCCUACAACCCCGGCGGUGCCGAAACAACCAAAAGCCUUGGGUGACACUGCUGGUAAAACUGCUGGAAGGAUUUUACGGGUCAUCCAACCUAUGUUAGAGAAUGCAAAACUUCAAGAACUCGCUAUGAGGGAGGAUCCGAACGAGCGUAUGGCCGGCGAAGUUGAUGAAAGAUAUCAGGAAAUUCUUCUAGAACGAAAGAAGCGUGAUGACGAACUUCAAGCUCAGUUAGCAGCCGCAAACGCUGCGGCCGCGGGGGAAAUUGCCAAUGCCGACGAUGGUGACAAGAUGGAUAUUGAUAAUCCAAAGGCAAACGAACAACAGGAAGCGAAUGACCGAGCAGCCGAGGAGGCACUAGAAUCAGCUACCGCUUCGCUGUCCCAGGCUCACCAUAAGGAUGAUGAAAGAGAGGGGCUGGUAGGUAUCCCGUGGUACACCAAACCGUUUAGCCCUCUGGGCGCAACUCUACUCUCUGAGGAGCGCUGGAUGGGGAUGGAUGUCGUACGGGAUAUGUCGCCCCUUAGUGAGCUUGACGAGGAUGCCAUAGAAAUGCUUCAACCAUCUGAGACUUCCGAGGCUGUCAGCCCGUUCGCAGAAGAAUUUGGGUCUGCUAUCAGUUUUGGCAAUGGUAUAAAUCAUGCAACAAAGCCGAGGAGUGGAAAUCGGGGUCCUAUCGAUGCUGGGGCAUGGAUUCCAGGGACAAGGGUGAGCCUGAGAACGACGAAAGGCACAAAAAAGAUCCCAUAUGUGGAAUCACAGCCACAGCAGCCGAUCCAGCAACCAGAAACACCGAAACCUAAACCGAAUGGUAGAGCUAGUAUUGCCCGAGAGGUCGACCUGCAGCAGGUAGUCGUGAUAGGGAGCACGAGGAGCCAGACCAAGCAGGCGAUGAAUAAAGCCCAGAGGAGGGGACGAGGAUAUGUUUGGGUUGAAGUUGAGGAUGAGGAGGAAGGAACAGCCGCGGAAUAUAACGCGAAUAUUCCCCAGUCUGCAGUGACGGAUGACCCUGAUGCAAUGGAUAUCGAUAGUGAAGUUCCAGCCACAACAGAACCGAAGCUAGAAGAAGGUGUCAAUGAAGUGGUGGAUCCAGUCGAUGAUCGAGCCGUGAGCAUUGAUAGCCCAUUAACCUCGAUUCCUGAUGAUGACCUCGACCAAGAGGACCGCCUGAGUCUGGAUAGUCUAGACCUUGACGCGCUAGCAAACGCCGACGAAGAGGCUACUGCCGAGGUGGCAGAAGGGGAAGGGGAAGAGGAGGAGGAGGAGGAGGAGGAGGAGGAAGUGAACGGACAGCCCACCAAUGAAGACAAUAUGGAAACCGAAAACACAGAUACGGAGUUCCAUACGCCUUUAGAAAGUGGUAAUGCAGUAUCGAACAGUGAUGAAAUCAAACCCGCAAUAUCGAUGGCGAUAGAUUCACAAGGAGCGACUGAUCAACUUUCGAAGGAACUAGCUGCGGCUGUAGCAUCUCAAGAAGCCGAACCCUUACAGCCAGAAACAGAGAGUUCUCCCAGCAAACGGAGCACAAGGAGUUCACCGAAGCAAAAGGAUAACCAAAGCAUAUCCGAUGCAUCCAGCGCUCUAAGCCCUCCUGAAGAAAUCAAAUCGAAUGGAGAACAACGACCGGUUAGCAGGAAUGGCACAACAAGGUCAACGCCAAAAAAAUCGCCUCCCGUUACCGGGAAAGGCAAAGAUCCUAUAAACUACACCCCACUACCAAUGACAACUAGAAGUCGACGAGUACUUGAACCCGAGACAACACCAACCAGAAGAUCGACAAGUAGAGCAGCAGCGGGCAAGAGAAAAUAG